CCCGUCCGAAGAAAUACCUGGUCUGUACGCCUUUUCUUGAGCUUCUCACUCAUGGAUAUCCACAAUAACCACUCGGGGCUUCCAUCAACUAAAUGGCCCGAUGUUUGCCGCUACGAAGCCUUUCUCAGUUUCAGAGGAGGAGAUGUUCGAGGGGGCUUCGUUGAAUUUCUCUUCGAAGGCCUCGCUGAUUCAGGGAUCAUUGCAUUUAUUGAUCAUCGUGGGAUCGAGAUCGGAGAACAUAUCAUGCCUAAGAUCUUACAAGUGAUUGGGCACACGCAGAUCUGCAUUCCCAUCUUCUCCAAAGAUUCCGCUUCCAGUAAGAGUUGUCUGAAGGAGGUAGAGAAAAUGGUGGAGUGUGACAGGACAAUCAUGCCCAUUUUCUACGACGUCUCCCCUUCAGUGGUCGGCGAACAAAAGGAGAGUUAUCAGCAGUCCUUCCGCGACCAUGAGGCCAAAGGGGUGACGUCAACGACUAUAAACAGCUGGAAGAAGGCUUUGCAUAGUGUUUCAAGAAAACGAGGAUGGGAAUUGGAGAAAUUCCAGCACGGGCAGCGUGAACUUAUAAAUGAGGUUGUUUCCACGGUCCGCCGGUUGUUGAGGAAGGAUGACUUAUAUGUGACGGCACAUUUAGUGGGGAUGGAUCAACCUGUGCAAGAGGUGAUGAGAAAACUUGGUGUUGGCUAUGAAAAUGGAGAAGUAAUUAAAGGGCAAACGGUGACAGGAAAAUGUGUGGUUGAGAUAUCGGGCCUUCCAGGAAUUGGUAAGUCAAUUCUUGCCACGGUUGUCUACAACAAAAUCCGUCACCUCUUCGAAGGUAAAAGUUUCCUUAAAGAGGUUGAGCAAACGAGGCUCCUAUCUCUCCAAGAAGAUUUAGUUAGUGGCCUCCAAAAGAGAGCAUACACAUUCAAAUCUCCUGCUGAAGGUACCGAAUUUAUCAAGUACAAAUUUGGAGAUCUAAGAGUUCUCAUUAUUCUUGACGAUGUUAGUGAUUUUAAACAAAUCAAUUCACUAGCCGGAGAUCUAAGUUGGUUCGGUCCGGGAAGCAGGAUCAUCGUGAUCUCUAGGAGAAGUAAUCUUGUUGACGACUAUAAUCAGGUGCCUAUGACCUCUACAAGCAGCAAUACUGUUAACAGUCUUGAUGUCAUCCUCGUUGAAAAAAUUUGGAAGGAGGCAUUGGAUAGAUUGAAACGAGAGCCUUACACUGAGGAAGUAAAACGAAUUCUGAAAAGAAGAUAUGAAGAUUUAGAUAAAAAUGCCCAAGAGAUAUUUCUUGAUAUAGCGUGUUUUUUUGUGGGAAAGGACAAAACAAUACCCUCUUACAUGUGGGAAGCUUGUAAAUAUGAUCCUUAUAGAGGAAUCGAUGAGCUUCAUGACUUGUCUUUGGUCAAAACCAGAGAAAACAAUGAACUGUGGAUGAAUAAUCAACUAAAAGUCCUUGGGAGGGAUAUUGUCAACGAGGAAAAUCCAAGUGAACCUUUCAAGCGGAGCAGGCUAUGGAAUCAGGAGGAUAUUGAACCAGUAUUGAACAAAAGCAAGGAUUGGCAGGACGCUGCAGUUGAAGCCCUUAGUGCCACAUUCGACAAACCCCAUUUAUUUCCUAAACGUAGAUUUUUUUGUGAGUUCUCGAAGCUUAGGUAUCUUAAAAUAAACCACGCUAUUGUGAAAGCAUAUAAGCAGAGUGCAAAGAGCUCUAGAGAGGAUUUUUUCCUUCGAAGGUUAAAGUGGCUUGAAUGGCAAGGGUGCAACGAUAUCUCCAGUCUACUUGCUCUAGAUAUGUCAAGAUUGAUCGUUCUUGAUUUGUCUGGGAGUACCUCCGGGAAUUGGCAGUGCUGGAAACAAAUUAUGAAGAGGGCCAAAAACUUGAAAGUUUUGAUCCUAAGAGAUUGUCGUUGGCUAACUAAAUCUCCAUUUUCCCAUGCUCCUGUACACUUAGAGAGAGUAAACCUGGAACGUUGCUCAACAUUACCUACGUGUGUUGUGAGGUCCAUUAGCAAGCUAAGGAAUUUAGUUUCUUUGAAUAUCAAGUUCUGCAGCUUCGUGCAAGAGCUGCCAGAAGACCUAGGUUCCUUGGAAGCUUUGAAAGAGCUUUACAUCGAUGGAACUUCCAUUAAAGCCAUUGAUAUCCCCGAGGGUUCCUAUGGGAAGCUUAAAAUUCUGAGUGCUUGCAACUGUAAAUUCUUGUCUCUACCCAAUUCAAUUGGUAACUUGAAAUCUCUUUCUUACCUAGCAUUGGACGAGACUGAAUUGAGUGAGCUCUCUUGUUCUAUCGGAUUGCUGGAGAAUCUCCAGACACUAUCUCUGAGAAACUGCAGGAGCUUGUGGAAAUUGCCGGAUUCCAUUGGAAAGCUCACGCAGCUGCAAGUCAUGGAUCUUUCGGACACGGUAGUUGACAAACUACCUUCGUCUGUUCAGGAUUUGAGAAAGUUGAAAGUAUUAAAGAUGGCUCGCACUUUUCUGGGAGAAUUUCCUGGGGGCAUUAGGAAUCUGGAGAGUCUAGAAGAGAUAGAUUUCUCAGGCUGUAGAUGUUUGAAAGGUGAAUGCAACAUUACGGGAUUAUCGUCUUUGCAGGUCCUACUUCUAGAAUACACUGAUAUUUCUCAGCUGAUUGUAACCGAUCGCCAAUCAUACAAUCCCCAAAACCUCAAACUAGAUGGCGAUGUUCCCAUCUCGAUAAUUGGAACUACCCAAGGGCAUGGCAUCGGUUCAACAGAUGUGAGACAACACCACAGUUCUAGGCUGACGGACAUCACAUCAGCAUUCGAUGAUGAGUCAGAGACCGUAGCAAUGUGGCGGUCCGACAGAAGCAAGGAAGUUAUCGGUGGAUGA